CCCCCCACCCAACCACCAGGUGUAAACAAGCCGCUGUCCUAGCUGCCUCGCCCCUCCUCACUCCAAUGGCCCUGUAAACUGUUCCCUGUUUCCGUGUGCUGUUUGUCUUUGUGGUGGUUGUGUUAUUGCUGACAGUUCUUCAGCUGUGCCUGUGUGUGUGGCUGAUCCAUGACUGAUGCAACUGAGUCGGUCUGCUGUAUACACCAUGUUGCAGACGCAUGCAGAGAAAGACCGCAUCAUCUCCUCCCUCCCACCACCCUUCAUCCGACUGGCGUCUCCUCACACAAGCGACGACUUUAACGAGGCUGUUAAAAAUGCAGCAAACAGCAACCGUACACUACAGGCUGGACUCAAAAUAUCCAAAAUGAUUGUACUCGGAGACAUGGCAACAGGAAAAACUUGCUUGGUAAAUAGAUUGUGUCAUCAGGUUUUUGAUGCCAAUUACAAAGCAACAAUUGGAGUCGACUUUGAAGUUGAACGAUUUGAUGUUCUUGGUAUUCCCUUUAAUCUACAAAUUUGGGACACAGCUGGCCAGGAACGGUUUAAAUGUAUAGCAGCGUCGUAUUAUCGUGGUGCUAACACUGUGAUGGUUGUGUUUGAUGUGACAAACAUUGUAACUCUGGCUCACACAGCCCAGUGGUUGGAGGAAGCACGCCAAGCUAACCUCAACUCGGAUCCUCUAGUUUUCCUCGUGGGAACUAAACGUGAUUUGAUGAGCGAAGGAGCAUACAACCAGAUUGAGGCUCAAGCACGACGUGUUGCACAAGGCCUUGGAGCCGAGUACUGGGCUGUGUCGUCCAAAACUGGAGAUAACGUGGAAGCUCUCUUUUUGCGUGUGGCAGCACUCACCUUCAAUCGUGCCGUGCUUCAGGAAGUCCAGGGAGGUGACGGCCACAAGCACGCAGGAACUGUCAAAAUAGGUGAGAAAUUGGACAACAUGUAUGAAGCACGGAAGAAGUCCAAGUGUGGUGCCUGUGGAAAAUAAGCCACGCGUUACAUGUUACAAGAAUACCUCAGUAUUAUUUUAAGGUCGAUCUCAAAGAAUAUUUGACAUUCAUAAUUGAUGUAUGAGUGUUUUAGCCAUAUUGUUAAUGAAUCAUUGUCAAUAUGCUGUAACCUGAGAGAUGCAGCUCAUAAAGCAGUCAUUAGUUAUAAAACUCCGAAAGCUGAUGUUGAAAGCUACGGCUUCCUUGGUGCUGUCGUUUAAAUUGCACAAUGAAAUAAGCACAACGUUAAUUAUCUACCCGUCAGACACUACAUGACACGCCAUAAUAAAUAUCUCGAGUAAUUAACUGUAAUAUGCUUUAGUCUUGUGUAAGGGCUUCAACUCUAGCUGUUGAAGUGAAAGGGUUUCUGAUCCGAGUGCUGCAUGUCAAUCACUCAAUGUCAUUCUAGUUUUAAUACUAUAAUUACUUUUUAAAGGUGCUUUGUGUGUUUUGCUAUGAAUAUAACAUGAUUACAGCCUUUGGGCUCAUUUGUGCAGCCUCAUGUGUAUUUUGUGAUAAGUGAAAGUAGUGUAUAGUAAAUUUAACACUGGCCAUUUUUAUCUUUAAUGAUUCAUGACCAAACCUUUUGAUAGUAAUUGUAAGCAUAUCCACAUUAAUUCAAAUAUAAAUUGUAGCUGUAUUUCCAUUAUUACAAAUAAAUAUAUAUAUAUAUUUAUAUAUACACAUACACGUACAUGAUAUACAUCUGGUUUCAACUAGUAUUGGAUAUUGAUUUACAAAUACCUAUUUAUGGUGCAGUCACUGAUAUUGUUGCCUUUUUUGUACAAAUAUAAACAUGUAAAGAAAACCAUGGCCCUCUAUUCAUGCAUUUGUGAUGCUGACAACUUAAGUGUUGUUUCUUUAUUCUGUAAGUAUUCAUGCCUGAUGUAAGGAAUCACUGCUCAAUAGAAAGUCUCAACACAUUGUAUUAAAAUGAGAAAAUUGCACAGUGGCGUGUGGGGAGUAGAUUAGACAUUAGUUAUAGCAUGUCAUAGGAUAGAGAAUAUAGAUUAAUAGUAUAUUUUCUAACACUCUUUCUGAUUCACGAAAAAAAGAUCUGAAUUUUUGUGUUCAUUUUAUACAUAAAUACAUACAUAAGCCUUAACUAUACUUCUGUUUGGCCAUAUUGAGUGAUGAAGUUAUUACCUGCAGUAAUGUGUGUAUGUGUGUGGGCUGGUGCCACAACCUUUGAUACACUAUUCAUAUCUUCAAACUUAACAAAGUAUUUAUAUUUAUAUUAGUAUUUAUAUUAGUGCCAUAAUUCCCUAUAAUUUAUAAUUCACUAUAAAAUAUGCCCAAACCCUCCAUAGACGUCACGUUGGCAAGUGUUGCAUGUAGACAUUGCGGCUGCAGACGUCACUUAUUCACAUGUGAAUAAUACACUGUACUGAUGGUUCUAUCAUUGAUAAUAUGCAUUGAAUUACAGCACAACAGUGAUAGAACUCUGAGCAAUGUAUCAGUUAGGAUGAUAUGGAAUUAUAUUUUUAAUAAUGCUGAUAUUGUAUAUUUAUAAUGAACAGUUAGUGGACAUGACUAACAAGAUAAUCUUAUACAGUGGAACCUCGAUUAACGAAUUUAAUCCGUACCGGCACCGAGCUCGUCAUGUGAAAUGCUCGUCUUUCAAAACGACUUUCAAAUAAAAAUAAUCCGUUCCACCACCGAAAAACAUCAA